CCUUGUAAGUACUAUUUCGGCGUUAGCUGGACCGUUGUCAAGGUGGUGUCUGGGGACUGGAAGGACUUGCAUGGACCAUUCUUGGCUCUCGCCGGUGGCUUGGAUGGCGUAGCAGUCCAUCUCGGCGGGUGAGUUCCAGAGAGUCUCUCUCACAUCGGCUGUGUAGCUCUGGCAGUUCUUGAUGGCUUCGGCGACGGUGAAGAGACCGAUGAAGGUGAUGGCAAAUUUGGCGAGCUGCAUCGUAGCGGUUGGUGAGAGUUAGAAUGCGAGGAACAAGCUGAACUGAGAUUGACUGAUGGUGAAAGCUGCCAGAUGAGGGAGGUAUAAGUACCACCAGCAUCAAAAAGCAAGCGGCAUCUCGAACCCACCUUCUCCUCCUGUUGAUGGAGUUAUGGCCACCGGCGGUUUGAUGAGCCGCUAUGUAUCCGUAACGGUCGACAGACAAGGUUAUAAUUCUUCACCGGUUUGACGGCGAAACUUCCUCAGUAUCUGUCCAAGAACCACCUGUCGAGUUCCAGAUCGAAAGCGCAAAACACAAUGGCACACCUUCCCCUCUUAAAUCAGACAUCCGCCUGAUCUUCGAGACACCAACUCCUAUCUCGAUCGUUCUGAUGAAGCUGAACUGCCGACGUGCCACCGUGUCCCCAGCCCAGGGCCCCGUUGUCUCUGGUCUUGACACCGAUUCCGCCCCCGCACCUCGCUGCGAGCAAUCUAUUCGUUAUCUCCCGGGGAUGACAAAGAGUCUCCUGGCGCAAUGCAAUACGCAUGUCUUGGUGCGGGAGGAGGCAAAAGGAAGACCGAUGGCCGCCACCGUGGGAGACAACAUAUAGAUAUCAGAGACAGCAUCACCCUCCUAUCACCAUCCCAGGCAUUGGAUCGCGCCGUUUCAUAACACAGCAUCAGAUCCUGCUGCACCCACAGAUGCCGCAAUCCACCAGUACCUUCCCCCAAUGCCAACCGUCGGCAACGGCACUGCAACGCGCAUGGUUCUAUCUGUAUCACCACACGGGAAGACCGGACGGACGCGGUCCCAUAUCCAGAAUCCUCCCGUAGUUUCCCUAAACCAGAAGGGGACACCUGAGACCAGAUCACCUCAGAUAGAUACGAGUGAUCAUACUGGUCAUACAUGACACAAAGUCAGAUGAGCAUACGGGAGGGAGGCCAUCGAGAUUUUCCUCGCCCUGUUUCACCUGAUUCCACCAGCUCUCGAAGAACAAGAAGAGCAAGGCAUAGUCCCCAAGAUCUGGUGAAUCAGGCCUCUCUGAUGGAGUUCAGCCACGCGCCCUGUACCCCGAAACCACCACUUCCCAGUGACUCUCCUAUGCAGCUGCCCUCUCAGCGUUCUGGUUUGGGUAUGGUAUCCUGGUCCAGAAAGAGCAUCUUGUAUGCGCGUGACACUUGGCACAACCAACCCGUCAUUGCUCACUGUAUCAUUGUCACACCCUAGAGGAACAUGCGGUCUCGGCAGAGUCAGACUCAAAUCUGAGGAGUUCACUCCUCAACGGGAGAUUCUAGUCGGUCUUGCCCGGGAUGCUGUUGCUCAAGUGGCACCAUGUAGGCAGCACAGGGCUUGAAAGCACGUCAAAAAACGGCCUCAAGCCAUCCGCAGUUGUUACCGGCAUUGUUGCUGUCGCGGGCGAGAGUGAGAAGCGAGACACUGCAAGUCAAGGCGGAUAUUCUCGAUGUCUCUUGAUCGCUGCAACAAGUACAAACCUGUCUCAUAUCUCCGCUCGCAAAAGCCUGGCCCCGGCGGCCCGGUCUGGUCAAGUGGUCAGACAAGUCAUCAGCCAAGUGGUCCAGAGCGCACGUUAAGGAUGAGGAAGCUCUUACUUAAGGUAACCAGGAGGAUUAUCGAGGUUUUUGGGAGGCCGAUCCUCUCUUUCCCAGGUGGGUUUUCUCUGCAACCAAGCAGUUUUCGUCUUGAGCUGCUGCUUCAGACUCCAUCUUGACUGAGAGGGAGGGCAAGUACGACUGCCCCAGUGAACCGAACCAGGAGACCGGGUCCUGUCAUCCGCUUGGCUCCAUUACAUUGAAGCAGACUUGAACUACCAGUCCAACCAACUUUGUACUCCUGGCUUUUCAUUUCUGCGUUUGCGCAACGGCCUUACUGUUGCCGAGGUCUUUUGUUUUUUGGGUAUCUCGAAGUUUUGGGGAAAAACAAGACAUUAUACUGGCUCGCCUGGACCGUUUACGGGACGGUGAGGCCACGACGACAACACCAACAACAAACACCAACACCGCAUAGGCGGUCUUUUUUGGUCGAGUCAUUGUCACCAACACCAACAAAGUCGCCUUUCCAUAGUCCAAGAUCACGAAGGACACCAAUGACAACAACAGCAACAACAACACCGCCGCCAACAAUGACACUCUCUUACCCCAACCCAUCCCUGUCCUCGAUGGAUGGCGAGGACCACCCCCGGGCAUCACCCGCUUCGAUAUCCUCCUCGAUGACAGUAACCAACACCGCCGAACAACUAGAAUUUGAAGAGGAGAAGCUAUCAGAGCCGCCUUCAAAGAGACCAGUCAUGCGUCAGGUCCUCUUAACUCUCGUAAUCUGCCUAGGCCUAAUGUUCUCCUGCCUCGACACCUCAAUCGUCUCAACCUCUCUCUACAGAAUAGCAGGCGAUUUCCAAAACACGCGAGACAUCUCCUGGAUCAUCCUCUCGUAUCUCCUGACGUACAUGUCCUUUGCCGUGGGGUUCUCCAAGCUAUCCGACAUUUACGGCCGCAAAGCAAUUAUGCUGGCGGCAUGGCUGUUGUUUACUCUCGGGUCGAUCUGGUGCGGCUGGGCGGGUUCAAUGACGCAGUUGAUUGCGGGGAGGGCGGUUCAGGGAGUGGGAGGGUCGGGGCUGUACUCGCUGGCGCAGGUUUGUCUUGUUGAGCAAGGACCGGCGAGGCCGGAGGUGGUGGGGGGGUUGGUGGGGAUCACGUUGAGCGUGAGUUUUGUGCUUGGGCCGGUGAUGGGAGGGGGGAUAAGUGAUGGGUGGUGGUGGAGGGGGGUUUUUUGGGUCAAUAUACCGGUUGGGGUCUUGGCCAUGGUGGGAAUCUUGACUCUGUGGCCGUGGGAGAGGAUGGCGUUUGGGAGGAGGGAGGAGGAGUAUCAACACCAGGGGGCCAAGAUGGGGGGGUUCUGGCACAAGAUCGCCAGGGUGGACUUUAUUGGGAACACGCUGUUGGCGCUGGCGUCGAUAUUGCUGGUGUUUGCGCUGCAGGAAGCGGGGAGGUAUGUCUGGCGGUGGGAUAGCCCGGUCAUAAUAUGGUCGUUGGCUAUUUCGGUGGUGAGUUUUGUGUUGUUUGGAGUGUGGGAGUGGUAUUUGUAUCGAGGGGGAGAAAGCGGGAAGGUGAGGAUUGAGGGGAUAUUUCCGGUUGGGUUGGUCAAGGGGAGGGUUUAUGCUUGUGUUUUGGUCAACACGUUACUAUCCGGGUUUGUCUACAUCGCCCUCGUGAUUAACAUCCCCGAGAGGCUUCAGGUUGCAUAUUUUGACUCUCCGCUCUGGGCGGGGGUUCAUUUGUUGCCUAUGCUUGGAUGUUGCGCCUUUGGAAGUUUUCUUGGGGGGUUGGUUUCCAAGAAAAGGGACCUCACCUCUCAUACAUUAAUCAUUGGCAGCUUAGUCCAAGUUCUUGGACUGGGACUAACAGUCGGGUUUGACUCCCGCGCUGGAAACAAACUUCCCCUAGGGCAAUUAUUGGGGUUUACGGCUGUGUAUGGACUAGGAGUUGGCUUGUCUUUUGCUAGCGCCACCAUCAUCGCUGCUGUGGAGGCAAGAAACGAGGAUUUGGCUGCUGCGCAGGGGGCCGUGGCGCAGGCGAGGGUGUUUGGAGGCGCGCUGGGGUUGGCGGUAGGGGGGAUAUUGAUGAAUCAACGCCUUAAGGGGGAGUUGAGCGGGGUGCUGAAGGGGAAGGGGUUGGAGGAGGUGCAUAAGAGUUUGUAUGGGAUUUUGAGGCUGGGGGUCGAUGAUAGGAACAGGGUGGUGGAGGUUUAUGUGGGCGGUUUUGGGAAGAUGGUGUGGGUGUUUUUGGGGGUGGCGGUUGUAUCAGCUGUUGUUGCUUGUGGGACUUGGAGAGGGAAGGGAGGAGAGAAGACGGUGGUGGAGGUUAUGGAAGAGCAUCAGGUUGGCAGGGGAGGUGGUGGGAGGAAAGAGAGGGAGAUGGAAUUGGAGAGUGCGAGCAGUGUCAAAAGUUUGAUGGGGUGAUUCUGGGGGGAGGUUUCUUGAUGUUGAAGAUGCUUUUUGGGAAAUACCCUGUCUUUUGUUUGUUGAGGGGGGUUGACUGGGUGAAGCGAGAUGUUUUGUUUACGUUUAACAGGCGUUUUCAUUUGGCGGUGUGGGGUUGUUAGUUGGUAUAGGUGUUUGAACCUUUUAUGUAUAUCACCACGUUUUUGGAGGUGUUAUAUCUUUCUUUUUCUGUUGGGGGGCCAUCUUUCUAUUCUCCGGAGGUAGGUUAACUCUAGGUUUGGUUUUUUUGGACGUUUUAUUCUUCUGACAGAGUUUUGUUGAAGUUGGGGGAGAGAGCUUUUGUUUAUCAACGGGU